GGAAACACCAUCCUUGGUUUGACUGGAUACAUAUCUGAGCCAAAUGGCCUUGAGUAAAAAUCUGCGGCUGGUGCUGUUGGGUAAGACUGGAUCAGGAAAGAGUACAACAGGAAACACGAUCCUGGGCAGAGAGGCGUUUGAGGUGGACUUCUCACCAGUUUCAGUGACCAAGCAAUGUGAGAAACAUGAGAUCACAAGAGAAGGUACAAAGAUCUCUGUGGUCGACACACCAGGGAUUUUUAAUACAUCACUGUCUGGCAAAGAUCUGAGAGCUGAAAUAGGAAAGAGUGUCCUUCUGUCUUCUCCUGGUCCCCAUGUCUUCCUGCUGGUGUUCAGACUCGGCGUGAGAUUCACAGAAGAGGAGAGGAACACUGUGAAGUGGAUUCAGGAGAACUUUGGAGAAGAAGCACUGAAGAAAUUCACAAUGGUCAUAUUCACUAAUGCGCCAAAGCGACAAUCAGUGGACAUUCCCAGUCUUUACUCUGAGCUUCAGAAAGACGAUAUAAACCUGCCUGAUAAAUAUAUUCUCAAAAAAGAUGACCAAUCCCAAGUUCCUACGCUUUUAGAGCAAAUAGAAAACAUUGUGGAGAGUAACGGUGGGCAGCAUUAUACUGAGGGUAUGUACAAGGAAGUUCAGGAAAAGAAUGAGAAAAGAGGAAGGAAGCGUAGGAUAAAGAUCAUAAUACAAACCUUCAUUUUUUUGGGGGUGUUUUGUGUUUCAUAUAAGGUGUUCUAUGAAUAUGUUCUCCCAGCUACACUACGCAGUUUCACUGUUUGGCAAUUUCAGCCCAACAAAACACAGACCCACCCUCAACAUCACUGAAUGUGUACUCGGAUCACGACCAGCAGAAAGUGCUAAACCAGGUUCUAAUAUUGAUCUUUGGAGAAAAAUAGCCCUGCAACUGUAGUGAAGUUAAUAAGUGUACAUACUGAAUACUGAAAGACAUUUUUUUUUUCUGAUUGGUAUUUUGAAUGGAAAUGAAAUGGAGUUUUGCACAGUACUGUAUAAUUAUCAAAGCACUGUCCAUUUACUGAUAAUAUCAUUGUAUUCACAUUAGUAAAAGAAAAUGAAAGAAAGAGAAAAUGUGAUAUGAUAGUCGCUCAGUAAGGAAGCUCACAUCAAAGACUCAUGACAGUACAGUUUACUGUUAAUGACGAUAAUUACACACAACUUCUUACCGAACUAGUAAAAGAAGCACUGCAUUGUCAUCGCUAGACUUUCUUUCUUUCUUUCUUUCUUUCUUU